AUGAAGAUCAUAAUAAAUGUAGAAUCGUUGUCAUCAUCUGAAAAAUCAAAACCUUUGGAUUCAUUAUUGAAAAUAGAAGAAGCAGAUUUAACGAAUCUAACGGUUACUGUAGCUGCAACUGAUGCUACAUCAGCUAGUAGCACAACUUUAAUUUCAACUACUACUGCCACCACCAAUUCUACUAGUGUUAAUAAUAGUGGUUCAACAAUGGAUACACCGUUUGCAAAAACCAUUAUAGGAAUUACUGUUUUUGUUCUAAUGAUUGGUAUGUUAACCAUCAUAAUUUUGGUUUGUAAAAGACGGCGAAAAGCACUAUCAAAUCGUGGGUUAAGACCUUUGACAUUGUCACCUUCAAGUAAUGACGGAGAUCGUCGUCGUAGUGGAUCAAAAAAUAGUAAUAAAAGCGAAUCCGUCACCACCACCGUCACAUCGCCAAAGUCUCUAUCACAACAACAACAACAACCACGUUUAUCAAUGAGAAUUUGCGCAAAAGAUGAUGACCAUCCCGCAGCUGUUAAAGUAGAAGGUUAUUGUUAUUAUGAUGAUGAUUCUUCGCUUUCUAAACUUCUAAGGGCAGAUGAACAUUAUAGUGAUCAUGAAAAUCACCAUACAUUAUUAUAUUACAUUCGUGGAGGCUAG